AGCAUCCAGUUGAUCGUUCGAAUGUAUGGAUGUGUGUGUGUGAGCGUGCAUAUGUAUGCAUGUUUGAACGAUUGUGUAUACCUGUAUAGAAAAGGUGGUGUGUGUUAGUUCCUUCUGAGCGAACAUCUGCCGCCGGCUUGUAAAAUGACCUUCCCCUGGAAGUAUGUGCGUAAGCGAUGUAUUGAAGCCAAAUUAAAGCGGAAAAGGAGUUCAACCACACAAAAGGCGCAACGUUCUCAGUGUCGAAAAAUUGCGAAAUAAAUGAAAUAAAUACUCGAAUUGUAAUCUACGAACAAAUAUCAGUGCAGAAAAACACAAUUAAGUCAUUUAAAUGUUGCUGCAAAUAUUCACAAGGCUAUUUAUUAUUAUUAUCGCUGAUCUGUAUCAAAAUGCGAACGGUGCGCAUCAUAGCCAUGAGGAACACAAGGGUUCGGUGCGGCACCAGAACUGGCAGCGACUGGAAAUGAUGGACGCCAAUGGCCUGUACUGGCUGCAGUGGGGCAUCCAAGACAAGGAUAUUCACUUUAAGGUCACGGUGAACACGCGUGGCUUCAUCGGCCUUGGAUUCUCGCGCAAAGACGGUCGCAUGUCCAGUGCGGACAUGGUUCUGCUAUGGGUCGACGAUCACACGGGCAAACCCAACGCACUGGAUUGUCAUGGUUCGGUGCUCCACCCCCAUGAAGCACCAAUCCAAGAUGAUACACAAAACUACCACGUGAUCGAUGGCUAUCAAAAUGGAACCCACACAUUUGUCGAAUUCAAGCGUCUAAUUGAAACAUGCGAUCCCUACGAUAUGCCCUUAAGCGAUGACACUGUUAAAGUGUUGUGGUCCUUUGGUAAAACAGAUCCUAUACAUGGUAAUUUAGAGGGACAUGGAAGGAAUCGCGGUGCCAAACCAUUGCAUUUACUUAAUCCCGUGUUUCGCAAAGAAAGCAUGCGCAACAAGCAGGAAACUCAUCAAUGGGACAUUACAGUCAAUAAUGUGACGCUUGAGCCCACAAUGGAUACGCUCUAUUGGUGUAAAAUCUUAAGCUCCCCGAGACUGAAUCACAAGCACCAUAUUAUUGGCUAUGAACCACUAUUAACUCAUGUUGCUAAAUCCGAUGAAACAGUUGUGCAUCACAUGACACUAUUUGAAUGCUCAACGAAAUCAUAUCCGGGUGCCGAUUCAGCCUCGUGGGACGUUUGGGUCAGGAGCACAGGGACUGUGUGCAACAGCAACUCGUUAACUCCCAGGGAUUGGGAUUCGUGUUCGAACCCAGUUGCUGUUUGGUCUGUGGGUGCCAGCGGACAGUUUCUGCCUGCACACGUCGGAAUACCGAUGGGUGGGCCAGCCGGAGUCAAGUAUUAUAUGCUCGAAAUACACUAUGAUAAUCCAAAUGCCUUAAAGGCCGUUGAUCAUUCUGGAUUCCGUAUUCAUUACACGCCUCAAUUGCGGGCUAACGAUGGCGGUAUCAUUAUAAGUGGCGUUUCUAUUUCCGAUACCCAAAUCAUUCCGCCUGGUCAAAAGUUGUAUCGAAAUGUUGGCAUUUGUGGACCAUCUUGUUCAAACGUGUUGUUUCCUGACAAUGGAAUUAAGAUCAUAUCGGGAACGCUUCAUACGCAUCGCGCUGGUCGCAAAAUGAGCCUGCGCCAUGUUCGAGGUGGCAAGGAGUUGCAACGGAUCAUCGAGGAUGAUAACUAUGAUUAUAAAUAUCAGCAGUUUCAUCAGCUGGCCAAUGAAACGAUCGUUCUACCGGGAGACUACAUUAUCACAGACUGUGCCUACGAUACACAGCAUCGCAAAAGGGCCACAUUUGGUGGUUACUCAACGAAGCAGGAGAUGUGCUUGUCUUUCAUCACAUACUAUCCGAAAAUCGAACUAGCCGGCUGUUAUAGCAUGACGCCAGUGCGUGAAUUCUUUGAGAUGUUUGGCAUCAAUGAGUUCUACUCAUUGAAUAUGACAGAUGUGGAAAACCUAUUUCUAUACAAUGGCAAUCUGUUAGAUUAUAUGCCCAACACUAUUUAUGGAAAAACAAAACCGAACCGAAGCAAUUUGACCGCUGAAGAUUUAGUCGUCGAAGAGUCUUUAUUAAACAAACUUCUUAUUUCGGAUCCCGUGGAGUUCCAUGAUCGGACAUUCCUCUCGCACAUAAAUCAGCUCCCUUGGUCAGAGCCCCUAUUCACCAAGCGCGUGGAGCAUGCCAUGAUAACUGGCAAGCAUAUGACUUUUUGUCGUGUUGCCAACGAAUCUAUUUCGAUUCCCUCGGAGAUUAUUCGUUAUCCCAAUUUUACGACAUUUGUGAAGCCACCCAGCAGUUGCACAUAUAAUCUAUUUAUUGACAGCAUUCAAUUAACAUCAAACGCUUCAAGAAUCGUGGCUCACUUGUCAUUAAGUUUGCUACUUGUUGGCAUUUGUCUUAAGAAACAAUACCAAAUUUCCUAAAAAAAAAAAAAAUCGGGGUUCUUGGUUGCUAUACUCAGAGUCAUUGUAAAAACAAGUAAAGUCCGAAUGAGCACACAUUAAUUUUAGUUUUUAAUCCAAAGACU